AUGGCGCGUGCUCAUGAUGUAGCUAGAAAGUAUCUGAAGGUGUCAGCUGAAUGCAGCAAAGCGUACUAUGAUGGAAAAGGUCAUCUGAAUACAUUCAAGCCUGGAGAUUUGGUAUGGUAUCUACAUGAAACCAAGAAACCUGGGGUAGCGCCGAAACUAGAAAAGAGGUAUGACGGGCCGUAUUUAGUGAAAGCCAAGAAGUCCCCAUUGAACUAUGUGAUACAGCUAGAGAGAAAUAGCACGGAAAAAUUGGUGCAUCAUGAUAAGUUAAAGCCAUACCAUGUUAUGGAGAGGAAGACGCAUCCGAGAGGUAGAGCGUAUCGAUGUCUGCAUUGUGCAAAGAAAGGCAAGGAGGAAAUAAACUCCAAAACGAGAAUAGAGAACCACAUUUACAAAUACCAUGUGCCAAAUGACGAACAGCCAUUCUGGUGCAGAAUGUGCCAGUUCAGAAGUCGGUCAAAAGACAGCUUGUUCAGACAUGUACAGACCUAUGCAAGACACAAGAACGUCAUGAAGGAAAAGGGUUAUGUAGCCUCCGAGCCUUUCCUUGUUUGUAACGACAAUCCGUACAGAUUAGGGGAAGAGGAUUUCCAGGUGUUAGACAAAGACGAAAGUAGUGCCUGGUGGAGUAAAAAGGCAUCAACAGACAUAAUAUCUAAGGCGUUAAGCUUGGAAGUGCCUGAAAUAUACACGGCAACUAAAUAUUUACAGAAUGUGACAGAGAAAGACAUAGAAAACGUAGAAUCAGAAAGAAAUGGAGCCGAUGAUGGUAGAAGGUUAGGGAAACCUGGUGAUCAUGAGAGUUUUGAUGAUGAGGCCGGGAUGAACUUUGUAGUUGAGACCAGUAAGGGACGUGGUGUUGAUGUAGAUGACAGUGAAGGAGUAGCCCUUGAUUUGAGAAAAGUGCUAGAGAAUUCGGCUGCUGACCGCCCAGAUGAGUCUGACAAAUGGUGCGAGAAGAUAAGAACUGCCACAAAUGUACGCAGUAACACAGAAGAAGGAAGUAAUAUGGGUCCUUUAGAUUUGCGAGUGGUGAAGGAAGAUAAGGGGAAAAGGACGUCACCAUUAGAUUUCAGUGUAAGAAAGAACAAGGAGGCUGAACAGUUGAAGAAGACAGAGACAGAUGUAGGUAAGGGAGCGGUAGGACAGGCUACCCAGCGGAAUGUUAUAAUAACUGGAGAAAGAGCGAGUUGUGGUAGUAAGCCAAGUGAAGUCGCAGCAGGAAGGAAUGAGACAGGUAAAGAUUUAAAAGUGAACGGAUUACAGAAUGGGAAAGUGCAGGAGAAAGAAGUUGUGGAUGAAACUGCUGAAGCAGCUAGGGUAAUAGUUGAGGAGAUGGAGGGAGAAGAAAGGAUUUCUGAUCACAUGAACAUUCAGGAAGAUAGUGAGGAAAUCGAAGAGAUGACAGAUGGUGGAACUGACGCUAGAGGUAUUGAAGCAGGGUUGAAUCAGGGUAAAGUGAAGGAAACGGAGAUGGCAUGCACUAACGGAGGGAAGGAAGGUGAUAAGGGACACCGGGAAACAGAUAAUGUAGGAAAAGAGGUUAGUGAUGAGAGUGUGGAAGAAUCAGACAGACAAAAGCGAAAGAUAAAGGAAAGUGAAUUAAGAUCAAGGAAAAGAGUGAGGCAGAGUUUAAAGAAGUAUAGAGAUGUGUCAGCAUCAAGUAGAGAGUCAUCUACUUCAAGUAGUAGCUCAUCUAGUGAUAGUGACGACGCAGAAGCCAUUAGACAGAGGAAGCAGGUGAUCGAAUCAAAGAAAACAGGAAAUGAGGAGAAGAGUCACGAGGACGAGCGUGAUAGUCAGAGCAAGAAGGAGGGACCUGAGCAAAGUACCAGCGAAGACAGUAAACUGAAGAAAGCAAAAGUUAAUCACGAGAAGGAGGCGAGUAGUGCGAGCAGAGAAACAAAAAGGAAAGAUCAAAUCCAAUCACAAAAGGAACACAAAGUAAACGUGACAAAGAGGCAAACACAGAGAGUAGAAAGGAACGAUUAA